GUAAAGUAGGUCUUAUUAUCACACCACAGAAAUAUCACCAGCACCACCCACCGUGUGCUGUUUCUUAUACAUAUACAUAUAUAUAUAUAUAUAUAUAUAAAUAAAGACACUAUAAUAAUCUGCAGGAUGCACUUUUAUAACGACACUUCAUUAAUCGCUUCAUUGUUUACAUUUCAAUAACAUUUAAACGCAUUUCCUAGGAUUAUUUUGCAUUAUUAAUGACAGAUUGGUAUUAUUAGUGUUAUUAAAUGAGUGAAUAAUGGCAGAUAAAGACAACAAAUGCAUGCACAACGACAGACAAGAGGAGUGACAAGGACGCUGUGAGAGAGAGAGAGAAAGAAAGGGGAGGGGAACUGACAUUAAAGCAACACAACAAGGAAACUACACUGCAGAGCCACACAGACGCCUUCAUUUUAUGCUUUUGAAUAAUAGCCGGAGCGACUGUGGAGAAGUGUAUCUUGUGAAAUCCUCCAGGAGCAAAAACAAACCACCCAAAGCACCGCAGAAAGGAGCAGCUUCUAGGACCGAUUUAAAGGCGCUCUCCGUCGCUUUCACAGACAUGGACUCAGAGCCACCCAGCUCUCCACAGGUGGUGGAGGAUGGAGGAGAGGAGGAUGAGGAGGAGCUGAGCGGAGGGGAGGAGGCAGACCUGAGGUCCAGCUCCGGCCGGGGCUCCCUGCUGACCCGGAGAGGCAUCACCCUGAGGGUGCUUCUCAAGGACGGCCUGGUGGAGCCGGGGGACGGUGUGCUCGCCAUCCACUACCUGGGUAAGAACUUUGUAGGAGACCUGUUGAAUGAUGGGAAAAUCCGGUGGGUGGAGACGGGCCAGAUCUUCAACUCCCCCAGCGCCUGGGCGACGCACUGCAAACGUCUGGUUAACCCGGCCAAGAAGUCCGGCUGUGGCUGGGCGUCUGUACGCUACCGGGGACAGAAGCUGGUCCAGUACAAAACCACCUGGCUGCACAAGUACCAACCCAGCGCAGACAUGAGCCUGGUGAGUGAGGAGGAUGAUGACGAGGAUGAAGAGGAAGGGAAGACGGCUGUGCAGGCAGAUGAGAAGAACAAGAACAACAAACCUGGAUUAAAUGACUUGAUGGUUUCACGGAGGACCGACAGAGAGAGAAUUCCUGUCAGAUAUUGCACCUUGGGCACCAGAGACGCCACCAGAGAUCCACACACACUGGUGGAGCUGUCAGCCUUCUCAGCCAUCAACAGAUUCCAGCCUUUCAACGUAGCCGUGUCCAGUAACGUUCUGCUGCUAAUGGACUUCCACUGUCACCUGACCUCCAGUGAGGUAGUAGGAUACCUCGGAGGACGAUGGGAUACAAACACACAACUGCUGACAGUCUUGAGGGCGUUCCCCUGUCGGACCCGGCUGGCAGACAGAGACUCGGCUUCUGCUGUUGAGGAGGAGAUCUGUCAGAACCUGUUCAUGCGCGGGUUGUCGUUGGUGGGCUGGUACCACAGUCACCCGCGAGGUCCGGCUCUGCCGUCGCUGCAGGACAUCGACUCCCAGAUGGACCAUCAGCUGAGGCUGCAGGGCUCAAACAAUGGCUUCCAGCCCUGUCUGGGCAUCAUCUGUGGACCGUAUUAUCACGGCAAUCAAGGUGUGGCGUCCACAAUAACCCCGUUCUGGGUCGUACCACCGCCUGAGCAACGGCCCAACGACCACGGUAUCCCCGUGGCUGUAGAGGUCACCUACGUACAGGACAACUUCCUCACCAGUGAUGUUCUUAAUGAGAUGAUGCUGCUGGUUGACUACUACAGGUCAGCUCCCGACCUCGUCCACUUCAGCCAGUAUUGGUGUCCUGAUACGAGCAUGUUGGACAAGAUCAAGGGCUCUCUGAGCUGCCACGCUCCCAAAGAUCAGGCCUACUCUCAGAUCUUGGAGCACGUCUACAGUCAGCUGAGCAACACACACUGAGUGGAUUAGCUGUGCAUGUGGUGCCGCUCUGCAUCUCAAGAGCUCAGAAAAUCCUUUUGUGCAGAGCUGACAGGACGGGAGCGACGGAUGUAAAAAAACCUGCUUGAAAAACAUAUAGAUGCCUUGAAUUCUCUCACGCUUGAGUGAUACUUAAAUGUACAAUUGACACACAAAACCAAACAGCACCGGAUCAGAGAACAACAACACCAACAUUUCACAGGAGGACCCUAAACAGAAGCAUUUCAUGGACCAGAAAUCAGCCUGACUUACCUUUUCCAUAUGGACCUAUGUGCCUAUCUGUGCCAGUAUCUGGUGGUAUGAGCAGAUAUUGCCAGAUAUGUGUACAAUGUAAACGUUUAAUGUGUUGUAAUUGCCUUUAUAGACUAAAACCGAUGGAGCAGUGGGGGGGGGGGUUGGGGGGGGGGAAGUGAAAAUGAGUUGUGCAAAAUAUAACAGCCAAGUCGCACAGCAGCUCGUAAAAUAGUCAUGAAAUGUAAUGUAUUGAUUCGUGUACAUAGAAUUUCAAAUUGUUCUUCGUGAUGGUCAGCACGAAAUCAAUUUGUAUGUAAUCCACAUAAUUGUGAACCAGAAAGUAUAAAGAGCA